AUGGGCAUCGGCACGGCGGCGCCCGCGGCGACCCCGCGCGGCGGGCGCCGGUUCGCCGUGGCCGAGCCCCUGCUCUGGGCCGCGGCGGGCUGCGCCAUCGUGCUGGCCGCCCUCGCCAUACAGCGCGUGGAGGAGGUCGUCGCGCUGUUCUGGCUGGGCACGCUGGUGAACGCCGGCCUGUCGCUCGUCAAGCUCGGCCUGGCCCAGGUCUCCGUGCACAGCAAGGCGCUCUCGGCCGACGCGGUGCACGGGCUCGGGGACACCGUCGCGGAGGUGGUGACCGUGCUGGCCUACACGGAGGCGGCGAGGCCCCCGGACGUGGAGCACCCGUGGGGGCACGGCAAGAUAGAGUCCAUGGCGACCGUUCUCGUGACGGGGGUCCUCCUGUACAUAGCGGCCUCGAUGGGCUGGGACAGCACCGUCACGAUUUUCCCGGUGCUCGCCAGGAAGCUGCGGCCCGGCGCCGCGGGGUGCGGGGGAGCCGAGCGGGAGAGCGGAGGAGACGGGGAGGCACCACAGCCGCCCCAGAGCGGCGGCUGGAGUGGGGCGGGGCGCGCGGCCAUCGCCGUCAGCCUGGCCUCGGUGCUGCUGAAGGAGGCCCUCUUCGCGGCGACGCUGGUCAUGGGGGAGCGCUCGCAGUCCAACCUCGUCGUGGCCACCGCCUGGCACCACCGGAGCGACUCGCUCGCCGCCGGGGUGUCCCUGGUGUCCCAGGUGGGCGCCUCGCUCGGCCAGCACUAUCUGGACUCCCUCGGCGGCGGGGUGGUCGCCUCCAUGCUCGCGCACUCCGCGUGCGCGAACCUCCACGGCAGCCUCAACGAUCUGCUCGACUACAACCCCGCCUCCGAGGAGGGCGCCGACAUCCGUUGCGGCAGGGACCUCCUCUCGAGGAGCAUCGUGGAGGUGCAGGGCGUCCUGGGCCACAGUCUCCGGACCCGCCGCAUGGGCCCCUACUGCCUCGCGGACGUGACGAUUGUGGUCGACGCGCGCAUCACGGCGUCCGCCGCCUCCAUGGUCGCGGAGUCGGUGCACGACCGCGUCAUCCGCGACUUCAGUCCCUUCGUCACGGACGUCAUGGUGCACAUCGACCCGGACGGGAGCCCACAGUCCCACCACCUCGUGGCAUGGCUCAGGCUGCUCAGCCCCGAGGAGGUGGACGCGAGGAUCCGGGCGGUGCUCCUCGCCGUGCCCGAGGGCCGGCCAGAUCUGCCGCGCAUCACGGGGAUCACCUUCCUGCAGGUGUACUACUUCACGGAUGAGGGCGUGGUGCCCGCUGGCGUUGAUGAGGAGUUGGAGGAGGCGGCCCCGUACGUGGACGUGACCGUAGGUUUCCGCCUCGCCUCGGACAGCGCCACCGUGCGGAGCGCCAGGACGGUGGCCCGCGCCGCGAGGCGGCGCGUGCUCGCCGUGCUGCCCCGCGUCGUGCGGGACGUCGACCUGCACCUGUCGCUCGACGAGGAGGCCGACCCCCCCGCAGACGCCGGGGGCGCCGGGGCCCCUGCGGACGCGGCCGGCUGCGCCGCCCCGGGCAGCUGGAGCGCGGACAUGUGCCCGCGGCCGGUCGGGGAGCUGAGCAGCACGGGCCGCCACCUGCGGCCGGUCACGCUCCUCUGGAGAUCGGGCGGCGCGGGGCGGCAGGGCGGCGCCGCGGCGGACGAGGGCCCCGCGCCGCUCCGGCGCUGA